UUUUGAAAAUGAAUUAACCACAGACUAGACAAGUAUAAAAAUUAACAAUCGAUGAUAAAGUAAGUAAUUCAUAUUAUACCUUUAGUAAAAAUAUGAGCUUUAAAAGGAAAUAUUCAUCACAAUAAGAUUAAUUGAUAUGGUAGAAAAGUGUGCAUAAUUGGCAGAUGAUAAAAUAACACCUGAAAAGCAUUGUUAAGAAAUCACAAAAUUGAUUGAAAGAUAUAAAACCUUUACAUCUAAAAUAGACAAAUAUGAUUUAAACUAAUUUAUAAAGGUUUAUAUAUAGUUUAUAUUGAUUAGGAAUAUGGACUAGAAGAUUGUAAAUUUGGAAUAGAUAGAAUUAAUAAAGGACCUCCUUAAAUAAAAUAAGGAAAUAAGAUAUAAUUAGUAGUGGAUUUAAUGCAGAAAUUCUUUUAAAUGCAAGAUAUAAUUUUAGAGAAUAAAGAAUACCCAAAAGUACCAAUCUUUAGACCGAUUGUAGAUUAAUUGAUAAUUUUGUUGAAUAGAGCUAAGACAGAACUUCCACCUUAUAAAUCGUAUUUGGAUGAUUUACAAUAAUUGUAAGAUUGAAUAUAAAAGGAUUAUAGUUCUAAAUAACAUCUUGAAAAUUAAAUAAUGGGAGUAAUACCAGAAGAUGAGUUUUAAAAGUUUGAAAGUAUAAUAGAUUUGGCUUAAUAAAGUUUUAUGACAUCCCAUUAAUAAUAAUGAGCGAAA